AUGAUGCGAAGACAGGUCCAGAGACCUACAGGGCGAAAAGGAGACUCAUCAAUGAUCGAUUGCCAGAACCAGACUCGUGCCAGGCCCGAGCUCUCUACAGUUGAAGAGCCCGAAAGCAAAAGGCGACGAGUCGCCCUUGCCUGUAACGUGUGCCGCGGGCGAAAAUCUCGUGUAAGUUGCGUCUACCUAAAUGAAAAGUUACUGGACCACGUCUUACCUACUAAUUCCAAGUGUGAUGGCAAACGUCCCAGUUGCUCGCUGUGCAUCGAGUUGGGCUUCGAGUGCCAGUAUCAGCAAGGAGCUGGGUUUCAAAAUGUCAUCAUUGGCAAAGACUAUCUGAGCUCGAUUGAAGACCGCUUGAGGCUGGUCGAAGGUCGCCUGUCCUAUCUCGAAAAUGGCACAAACAAUGUCAGUCAAGGGCUCACCGCUGUGGGAACCUCGCCGAGCCCCAGAAACCAACUUCAGAGACAGUCUGAGACUGCAAGCUUGCAACGAGAGGAGUUGCAAGAUACCGGGGUGGCGGAGGAUUCAAUUGAUGCGAUGGGCGUGGUCACCUUUGCUCAGGAAGAAGACUGUGCCUUCUUCGGACCUUCAUCGAACAUUGCCCUUCUUAGACAAGUCUCUGCGGCUAUAGCACACCUUAGCCAUGAGUCACAGCCGUGGCGGCCGUCGCCUACCGAAGGAAACUCUGCUGCUGACGUUGCAGGAAGCUUCUUAAACACGACCCGGCCGUCCUCGCCUGUCCACAUGCCGUCCGAGUUCAGAAAGGAAAACAUCGAUGUAUUUGCUAUUCCCACGCGAGACAAUUGUCGAAAGCUAUUACGUUGGUUCUUUGGGAACCCAAACUAUAUGUAUCCCUACAUCCACGGAUCAAGCUUCAUGAGUACAUUUGAAGACGCGGAGAGGAGCAGAUUUAAAGGAGUUCGAAGAAUCUGGCUUGCACUCUUGAACAUAAUCUUUGCACUCGCUCGGGUUCAUGCGCGGCAGCUCACCGUGGCUCACGAAAAUAUGCCUUCAGUCGAGAUGGGGCCAAUCGCAGAAUCACAGGUUUAUUAUCAAAGAGCGUCUGCCCUGUUUAACGAGAACAUGAUAGGCAAUACGGGAACCAGCAUAGAAGUUGUUCAGUUUCUCCUGUUAAUCGGAUCGUACUUACAGUCCACUCAGCAGUCGACCCAAACGUGGAAGAUGCACGGUCUUGCCGUCAGGGCCGCCUUCCAGCUUGGGUUACACUCUCGGGACCUAGGCAAGCUAUUUUCUCCCCUCGAACAGGAAAUCCGCAAGAGGGCUUGGUUUGGUUGCAUCAUCAACGAGACAUUGUUGAGCAUGACGUAUGGGCGGCCACCAUCAAUCCCAGAAAAUUACGUGCAGCUUGAUUUGCCUGUAGAGUUUUCAACCCUGGACGGAGGACAGGGCGGAAUGGAGUCGGAUGAGUCCUUAAGCAUCGGGUUCUUUGUCGGCACCAUCACUAUUUAUAAGGUGUUACAAGAAAUCAUUGACACCCUCUAUGGGCAAAACUUGGCUUGUUCCCUGCCAAUAAACGAUGUGGACACUGUAUCCAGGGUCUACCAGAUUGAGAAUCGGCUCUCACAGUGGCAACAGCAACUACCAACGGAGAUGAAACUGGUCGAUGCUAAAGAAGUUUUCACUCAAGACUUUCCACCAGCAGAUGCUUCGGCAGAGGACAAAUGGCAGCGGCUACGGCUACGGCUUGUUCUAACUUUGCGCUACAUCAACAUUCGCAUUCUCCUCCACCGACCAGUCAUGGUCAAAUUUCUGGAGGAGCUGCGACAUCCAAACACUGGUUCCCACUCGCCAAUCUUGCUUCAGAUCGGAACCGCGAAUGUCCAGAUCGCCGCAAAGUCCAGCAUGGAACUCAUAUAUCUUGUGCAAAAUGCGCUUAGAUAUGCCAACGGCCAUUCAAAAUGGGGGCUCUUGGGUGCGUGGUGGUAUUCUUUAUAUUAUACAUUUAACGCAGCUUUAGUAGUGGGCGCUUGCAUCCUGAUCCAGGUCGAACAAAAAGGACUCACGGCGCAACCGAUUAUCCAUUUCUCUGAAUCCACUCAGGAUAUGAGUGACCAUCUCGGGAUGGCGAUCGAGGCACUUAGAGGUUUGGAUGAAGAUAAUCGUAUGGUUGCACGCUGUCGAGACUACCUUGAACAAUUCGUGCAGAUCAUUCGAAGCCUAGCGAUUGGGCAGGGCCUCUUACCACAGCCUACCGACUGGCAUGUCCCAGAUCCGCCCAAUGCUGGAACGCUAGAGCUCCUGCCCUACUACGACGACUACCAUUUGCUCCAGACAUCAACAAUGGGGGUGACUUAUGGAGUCGGACAAAAUCAUCAUUCUCCGUUCGGUAUGGAAAUGGGUCAAUUCUUGCUCGACAACGAUCUCAACGGCAUGAAUUAUCACUCAUUUGCUUAUAACCGAGCUACAGCACCCGAGGGUCGGAUUCAUGGUCCGGCAUGA